AUUACCGGUAACCGGUUGUGCAUGAGUUUGGUAGGAAAACGGAAAACAUCCUAACACAACUGAACCUCAACGCUAGAAAGGAGAUAAAGACAAUUUUGACGUCAACCUUUGCCGGUUUUAACCACUGAACAAUUAUCUUAGAUAAUAUAUUAUUGAUAUAAUCAAGCAAUCUUUGCUUGCCGCGACACAUUGCGACUCCAUUUCAAAGUCCUAAGUUGCUGAAAAAUGGCAUAUCCUGGAGGAGCACCGGGUGGUUAUCCAGGUGGAUAUGGAGGUGGCUACCCUGGCCAGCAACCACCUGGAGGUGGAUACCCUGGUCAACAACCAGGUGGUUAUCCAGGGCAACACCCUGGUAGUGCAGGAGGCUACCCUGGCUCAGCACCCCCUCCAGGAGGUUAUCCUGGUGCUCCAGGAGGCUAUCCCGGCUCAGCACCUCCCGGUGGCCCGGGAGGUUAUCCAGGUGGAGCAGGUUAUCCCGGAGGAGGCUACCCAGGGGUCAGUCCCGAAAUUCAGGGCUGGUUCCAAGCCGUGGAUGUCGAUAGAUCCGGUAAAAUUUCUGCGAAGGAGCUGCAAGCGGCCCUGGUCAACGGACAAGGCAAAACCUUCAGUGACACUGCAUGUUCCUUGAUGAUUGGCAUGUUCGACAAAGACCAAAGUGGAACGAUCGACAUGAUGGAGUUCCAGCAACUCUACAAUUACAUCAACCAAUGGCUUUCUGCUUUCAAAUCCUAUGACAGAGAUGGAUCAGGCUCCAUUGACGAAAAUGAGCUGACACAAGCAUUCCAGCAAAUGGGAUACCGUUUCUCACCAAACUUUGUGAAAUUUGUGGUCGCAAAGAGUGACCCUGCAACAAAAUCCAAAAUCACAGUGGACCAGUUCAUCGUCAUUUGCGUUCAAGUCCAGCGAUUUACAGAGGCGUUCAAGGGUCGAGAUCAAGAGAUGAAAGGAGUGAUAACAAUCGGUUAUGAGGAUUUCCUUACAAUUUCGCUUGGCUCCUCAGUGUAAAUCUGCACAUUCCCUGCUAAUCAAUUGGCCUCAUAUACACAAGCAUUUCUUAUAAGAUACAGCAAUUUAUAAGUGGCAAAAUUUUGUGCUCAUUGCUAUUGUUGCUUUUAGCAAGCACCUUACUUCCAAUAAAAUUAUAUAUUGCAUUUUUAGAGCUUCCUGCCGUCUGA